AUGACAAGACGACGGGCAGCAGCCAAGAUCGAAGUCGUCGUCCCCGGAAAAAAGAGCAACUCGCCUAGUGACACCGCGCAGAGUUCGCUCAGCGGCACUCCCGGUACAAACACACCGGCAACCAGUGUUAGCACUGGCGUAGAGUCAGAUGCGAAAAGGUCGAGAACGGCACCCAAGGCCCGAAAGGAGAUCCAACGAAUCGCUGGCAAUGCCAGAGGUAGAGUUCAGCAGGCCCCGAAACGUGGUACCAAAAGAUCAGCAUCUGCCAUGUCAGCCGCCUACACUCGGGACGAUGCGGCUUUGGCCGAGGCACUCCAGCAGGAAGAAUACGCGUACAUGGCAGCGGCUCGAAAAAAGCAAAAGGUAUCAAACCAACACGCCUGGAAUUCGAAGCUACAACGUUUUCAAGAAGAGCAUGAGGUUUCGGACUCAGCAGAGGAUUUUUCGGAUGGGCUUUUGACCUCCGACGAGGGAUCGCACCCGCCGUCAUUAAUAUCUGAUGAUGGGGAUUAUUGGGAUUCAGAAGAGGGAGAUGAGUAUUUGGAAAGUGUUAGGGCCGAAGCUGCUGCGGAGGUCAGCGGGGCCUUAAAUCGGGUUUCGUCCGGUCCCUCUGCGCCUCAUCAACAUUCGUCUCAUCCCAAUGCAGAGGAACUUGACUUCAGCGGGAGUCAUUACGAAUCGGAAGAUGCCGAGAUUGAUCCCGAUGAGAUUCCAAUGAGUUGGGACGAGAUGCGCAAAGCCGGGCGCGCGGCAAAAGAGCGGAAAAAGUUGGUCUCAAAGCACCCUGUCGUAGACACCAUGUGGGAUGAGCUCAAAGCCCAACCCAUUCUCACCCCAGCACCCGCUCAGCAGCCGGCAUCCAUUACUCGAAAGUUAAAGCCCUUCCAGCUGGAGGGCCUAAGCUGGAUGAUUGAGCAAGAAAAAUCGUCAUACCGAGGUGGCUUGCUAGGUGACGAGAUGGGCAUGGGAAAGACCAUCCAAGCCGUGUCUCUUAUCAUGUCCGAUUUCCCACAGCCCGACCCGACACUUGUUAUUGUUCCACCCGUUGCUUUGAUGCAAUGGCAGAAGGAAAUUCAGGAAUACACUGAUGGAAAACUGAAAGUUCUCGUUUAUCAUGGCUCAGACUCGAAGGUGAAGAAGCUCACCGAGGCGGAUCUUCGAAAAUACGAUGUGAUUAUGAUUUCCUAUUCGAGCUUGGAGUCUAUGCAUCGCAAGCAAGAGAAAGGCUGGUCUCGUGGAGGGAAUACGGUCAAAGCAGACAGCGUCAUACACUGCAUCCACUACCACCGACUCAUCCUCGAUGAAGCUCAUAGCAUCAAGCAACGUACCACGGGUGUCGCUAAGGCUUGCUUUGCCUUGAAGGCCAACUUUAAAUGGUGUCUUUCGGGUACCCCAGUGCAGAAUCGAAUUGGCGAGUUCUUCUCUCUGCUCCGGUUCUUGCAAGUUCGACCGUUUGCUAGCUACUUCUGCAAACAAUGUCCCUGUGAGGAACUCCAGUGGAUGGCGGACAAGCAGGGGCGUUGUACACAAUGCCGUCACACAGGUUUCAACCACAUUUCCGUCUUCAACAAGGAGAUCUUAAAUCCAAUCACGGAAGGCCGAACUCAGAACGAGCGCAAGGAAGGUUUGGCGAAACUCCGCCUUAUCACAGACCAUAUCAUGCUUCGACGACUGAAGGAGGAACAUACCUCCUCAAUGGAACUCCCACCGAAACGAAUUACCAUCCACAACGAAUUCUUCGGGGAGAUCGAGCAUGACUUUUCUCGUAGUAUCAUGACGAACACAGGUCGUCAAUUUGAUACUUACGUGAGCCGAGGUGUUAUGCUGAACAACUAUGCCAACAUUUUUGGUCUGAUUAUGCAGAUGCGUCAAGUGGCUAAUCACCCUGAUCUCAUCUUAAAGAAACAGACCCAACCUGGCCACAAUGUGCUCGUGUGUACCAUCUGUGAUGAACCGGCAGAGGAUGCAAUUCAAUCUCGCUGCCGCCAUGAUUUCUGCCGGCGAUGUGUUACGGACUACAUCGAGUCCUUUGACUCGAAAGAUACUGCAGAAUGUCCUCGAUGCCACAUCGCUCUGUCAAUUGAUUUGGAACAGCCAACAAAGGAACAGGAGGCAGAGAGUAUCAAGAAGACGUCUAUUAUCAACCGAAUCUCCAUGGAAAAUUGGACAUCGUCAACAAAAAUCGAAACCCUCCUCUACGAACUGUACAAACAGAGAAGCAAGAGCCAUACCCCAAAGUCGAUCAUCUUCUCUCAGUUCACGUCAAUGCUUCAGCUUGUGGAGUGGCGUCUGCGUCAUGCAGGAUUCAACACGGUCAUGCUGGACGGUACGAUGACUCCCGCGCAGCGACAAAAUUCGAUCAACCAUUUCAUGACCAAUGCCGACGUGGAAGUGUUCUUAGUCUCGCUAAAGGCUGGCGGUGUCGCCCUGAACUUGACUGAGGCGUCUCGUGUCUUCAUUGUGGACCCCUGGUGGAAUCCAGCGGCAGAGUGGCAGAGUGCCGAUCGGAGUCAUCGCAUCGGCCAGCAGAGACCGUGCGUGAUCACCAGAUUGACAAUCGAAGAUUCAGUCGAAUCUCGAAUUGUGCAGCUGCAGGAAAAGAAAGCGAACCUGAUCCGAGGAACCAUUAACAAGGACCAGGCUGCUGCUUUGGAGAAACUGACCCCGGAGGAUAUGCAGUUCCUGUUCCGUGGCUCUUAG